AAUUAACCAAAUAUUUUUUACUAACAAUUUGGCUUCAAACAAAAACAUUCACAACAAAAAUAAACUCAUUCAUUUUGAUAAAAUUUUCUUAAUAUUCACAAAAAAAAUGUCUCUUUAUGAUUGUAUUUUUGGUCCUGCUCUUUAUAGAAUUUUUGAAAAUCCGCAUCGUAACUAUGAUCCUUAUAAUCUGGAACGUUAUACUGAUCGAAUAAUUCGUUUUAUAGAAUUCUGUAAAUAUACAUUGAAAUAUGUUUCACCAUUAUUGGCCUAUCGAUUAUAUUAUCAAACACAAAAUACAGAAUCUUCAUCAUCAUCAUCAUCAUUACUAUCAUUAUUAGCAAAUAGUACAUAUGUACGUCUUAUAAUGGCCUUUACAUCUAUUUAUAUUAUGGCAAAUUUAUUACGUGGAUUUUCACGUUCAAUUAAUCCUAAUUAUUGUCAAUUUAUUCGUACAUUUAAAAUUGCAUCCACAUCAUUCCGUGCCGAUCAUCGUGAUGAUGAUGAUGAUGAUGAAUUUCGUAAACGAAUAAUUGAUGCUCGUAAUAUAAUACGUGAAAAAUAUGAUUAUGAUUUUCAACAUUGGCCUAUUGAUUUUGAAUGGACACAAGGUAGAUAUUGUUAUGAACGUCCAGCAAAAUUAUUACCAGUACAAGAAGCUUGUCAUGAAACAUUGAAUGAAGGUCCAGUUGUAAAUAUGGUAUCAUAUUUGAUGGCCAAUUCUAUUGGACGAAUCUUACUCUAUCCAGGAUCGAUUGGUUUGUUACAAAAAGUUCUUGAAAAUAAUUUGAUAACUGGUCGUCAUUUUCUAAUGGAAAAUUAUCAAGCAAAACGUUUUAAAUUGCUUGCACGAGACCAAAAUCAAAUUGAUGUCAUUUUUGUUGAUAAACGUAAUCCAAAUAAUCAAACUCAUCGUGGUAAUACAUUAGUUAUUACCUGUGAAGGUAAUGCUGGUUUCUAUGAAAUUGGAUCGGUCACAACACCAAUUAAUUUAAACUAUUCGGUUAUUGGAUGGAAUCAUCCGGGAUUCGGUGGCAGUACUGGAUCACCUUUUCCACAAAAUGAAAUAAACGCAAUGGAAGUUGUCAUCAAUUUCGCUGUAACUAAAUUGAAUUUCAAAUUAGAAAACAUUCUAAUAUUUGGCUGGUCGAUUGGUGGUUUUCCGGCUGCAUGGGCUGUAUCGAAUUAUCCCGAAUUAAAAGGUAUCAUACUUGAUGCAAGUUUUGAUGAUGUACUUCCAUUGGCACGUUCACGAAUGAUGCCAUUUCUUGCACCGAUUGUUGAUUCUACCAUAAGAAAUUAUUUCAAUCUAAAUAUAUCAUCAUAUUUAAAUCGUUAUCAAGGUCCGAUUAGAUUUAUUCGACGAUUAAAAGAUGAAAUCAUUCCAAUCGAUUCAACAAGGCCAUUAUUAACAAAUCGUGGUAACUAUUUGUUAAUCAAAUUAUUAAAAUCACGUUUUCCACGUUUAAUGUUACAUGAAGAUAUUAGUGAUGAAGUAGAACAAUUUCUUCAUUCAGAAAAUUAUGGUUAUUUACUAAGAAAAGUUGAUGAUACAAAAGUAAUGGAAGCAUUAUCACGUUAUUCACAGAAAUAUGGUGGUGUAAAAGAAUAUCCAAUCGAAAUUGAUGUCGAUACUGAAUUAGAGAUAAGUAUGUUAUUGGGACAACAAAUUAUUCUUUUUUUGUGUCGUGAAUUAAUGACUCAAUUUGAUUCAACUCAUUGUACACCAUUACCGCCUAGUUUAUUUAUCGAACCAGUCGAUAUAUUAUCAAUGAUUAAAAGAGCCUGAUGAUUGUUACAUUUGUAUUAAAAAAAAAAAUCUUAUGUUUUAUCAUCUGAUCAAAUAUCAUUGUCAUUGUCGAUGUAUGUGUUUUGUUAAAUAAA